AUGCGGCGCAAGCUCGUCGUCAACUCGGUCGUCAACCCGCUCACCACCCGCCUCAACUGCCCCAGCGAGAUCUUCAAGCACACCGCCGGCACGCUCAUUGCGGAGCGGCUCUGCACCGAGGCCUCGUUCACAUUCCGCACGCAAUGGGAGCAGGAGGGGACCGAGCAGUUCCCGCGCGAGCUCGAGGCCGCCGCGCUGCUCGCGCAGUGCAAGCGCAUCGUGCGCCAGCUCAAUGGGUAUCUCCUCCGCCUCGCGCGGCGCUAUGGCGUACGUGCACCCAUGACCGCGACGCGGUACUCUGAUGCGGAUGUACGGUACGUACAUCGGCGGCCAGCUGAGCAGGGAUGUUCCCCAGAGGCCGAUGUCGUCAUGAUCAAUGACUUCCCCGACUGCCUUCGUCCCUUCUCUCUCGCAAAAAGGACGGACCGGCGACCUCCCGAUCCGUCGAUAUCGGACGCUCGCGACCACCCCAUGGGGCCAUCUAUUCGUGCCGGAUCGUCGUGCGAGCUACAUGUUUACCCGCGGCUAUGGCACUCGCCAGAAGACGCCUAG